AUGUGUCUAUCUAUCGAAUACUGUGCCAAUAUAGUAAAACAGUAUGACUACGAGAAUUUUAUGGCAACUCUUCUUAUGACGAAAUCGGUGCGAUCGCCGGCACUGGUAUUGAGAGCUUUUAACGUGGAGAUAGCUCGUGUUCAGGACCAAACGUCCGAUGCACAAACUGCAGCAUUUAGGUUACAAUUCUGGCAUGAUACUGUGAAGACCAUUUAUCAAAAAGAACAAAAUAUACUAAAUGUUCCUGCUAAUCCUAUCGCACAAGAGUUAUUCAAAGUAUGUGUAUGUUAUGGUCUUCAAAAGAGGCAAUUGGAAAAACUCAUAUUAUCAAGAAGCAAUCUUUUGAAUUCAAAACACUUCAAAACCUUAGAAGAUAUUGAGAAAUAUGCUGAAGAUUCCGUAUCACCAAUAUAUUACCUACUGUUAGACAUUUUAGGUGUUGCUAAUGUAAAUGCUGACCAUGCAGCCUCACACUUGGGAAAAGCACAAGGAAUAACUAACAUAUUAAGGUCUGUCCGUAUCUCCAAUUAUCAUAAAAUGGUUACACUACCAAUGGAUAUCCUAAUGAAAUAUAGUGUAAGCCAAGAAGAUGUCCUGAGAUGCAUUGACAGUGAAAACAUGAGAAAUGUUGCUUAUGAAGUUGCGAGCAGAGCUAAUAGUCACCUGCAAAAGGCCAGAAGCAUUGAAGUUCCAACCAUUUCAAAGCAGAUAUUUUUACCUGCAAUAGCCAUAGACCAGUUUUUGUCAAAACUCCAAAAAGUUCAUUUCAAUCUAUUUGACAAUGCAUUACAUGUUAAUACUCCCACUUUACCAUUUAGAUUAUACUAUAAUAGGGUAAUUAAGAAAUUUUAGUAUUGAAAUCUCAAUUUUCAUAGCAAAUGUAGUGUCAUACCUGUAGCAGUUGUUGAUUUUUUUAUAAAUAAAUGUUAUUAAAACUGA